AUGCUGUCUCUAGAAUCGCUUAGUAGCCAUAGCGGGCAGAGCAAGGUGGCACGCGACCAGCAGGGCAGCAGACAAGCAGGGCGGCGCACGAGCACUAGGGAAGCGCGCAGGGCAGGGCGAGGCGGCGCACAGCUAGGGAAGAGCGGCGAGCGGCCAGGGCAGGGCAGUGCAAUGGCAAGGCAGGGUUGCGCGCGGGCAGGGCAGGGCGUUGCGGCUGCCAGCAAGGCGGCACGCGGGCAGCAGGGCUUCGGACAGCAGGGCGGCUCGCAGCAGGGCGGGCAGCAGCAGGGCGGUGCGGGCAUCAGGGUUGCGCGCAGCAGGGCGGCGCGAGCAGCAGGGCGGUGCGAGCAGCAGGGCGGCGGCAAGCAGGGCGGCGCGCGGGCAGGGCAGGGCGACGCGCAGGCAGGGCAGGGUGGCGCGGCGGCCAGCGGGGCGACGCGACAGGCAGGGGAGGGCGACGCACGACCAGCAGGGCGGCGCGACAGGCAGGGCAGGGCGACGCGCGGCUAG